AUGGACGAACCAAUUCGCACCAUAGCAGCCACAAACGAAAUCAAUGGCAGAAAGAAAGCCAGAUCAAGCUUCAACAGUGAAGCUCUCAUGGGAGAAAGAGCCAAUCAAAAAAUAUCUCCCAUCCGCCAACAAUUCCAACGAAAGGCAAAACCAGAUGGUUGGACUUUUCUCAUCAUAGAGUUUUCCCUCCCUCUGCUACGCCAACGAAGUCGAGCAACUGAUUGGGAACUUCAGUUCCCACGAAGAGAAAAGAACAAGGCUGGAGGGCAAAACGGCCAAUUCACUGUUCAAAAGUCAGCUCAAGGAAGCAGACCAUCUCUUAAGCGGGGGCAAAACCGUCACUUCACUAUUCCUAAGCUACAGUCUAGGAACAGUGAAUUCGGGGAUUCAGUUUUAGUAUAUACAUAA